AUGGAAGCUCCAGAAGCAUGUGGUGACCGUGAGGGACGGCACCAAGCAGUGGAGUUUGAGCAAUUGCCAAGAAUUCCUGAUGAUGAAAAACUCCAAGGAGUGCAAUCUACACACAAUGAAUUAGAAAAGAACCGACGAGCACACCUUCGUCUCUGUUUAGAGCGAUUGAAGGAACUUAUACCACUGGGAUCAGAGUGUACCAGGCACACUACUCUUGGUUUACUCAACAAAGCCAAAGCACACAUUAAGAAACUUGAAGAGCUGGAUAGGAAGUCACUGUACCAGAUUGAACAUCUGGAAAGGGAACAUCGUUUUUUAAAGAGGAGACUAGAACAGCUACAGGGUCUGCCAGAAAAUGAACGAAUACGAAUGGAUAGCAUAGGGUCCACUGUCUUCUCUGAUCAUUCAGAUUCAGAACGAGAAGAGAUUGAGGUGGAUGUUGAGAGCACAGAGUUCUCCCAUGGAGACAUGGACGAUAUUAGCACUUCCAGCAUCAGCGACCUUGACGACCACAGCAGCCUCCAAAGUGUUGGUAGUGAUGAAGGCUACUCCAGCUGCAGCAUAAAGCUGUCCUCGUCAAUUUAAAGAGGACAACCCUGAAGCUACCUGCAAAUAUGUCUGAGGGAUCACAAUAUGACUGGCUACUUCAGCUUUGGACUUUUGUGGAAAAACAAUAGGUUAAGGACAUGCACUUGUACUACAAUACUUUAUGCACAAGGCACUCACCUAGUACUGACCUACAUUGCAUUGUUUUGAGGAAAUAGCACAUAGUGCAUAGCAUUGUGGGUACAAAGCAUGACCACUAUUCAGAUUGUUUCUUUGUGUAUUCACAGAUAAUCCAUUAGUGUCAAUUUAGUUGGAAAAUACAAGCCUUUCUUUAAAAAAAUGCACUUUUAAGCUGAAGAGCAUCUUGUUGUGUAGCCCAGAGUUCUGAUGUGAUUUGAACAAUGUCAGAAAGUUUAUGACUUCUUGACAGAUUGUUUCUAACCUGCACUUGGAGGUCUUCAUUUCCAUUAUAAAAACCGGAAAAGAUGUUCUCUUUGUGGAGACCUCACCAAUCAGAUUGUUUAAAAAUCUGUUUACUAUAGAAAGAAAAAACUACCCCAAAUAGAGAUCAAAAAACAUUUUACCAAAUUGGUAAUUUAUGGCUGAUUUUAUUUGGUGUGAGCGAAACAAAAGUGUUCUCAGUCCCUUUUUGAUGCUCCAAGUUUUAUGAAGUUACAUCUUGGGGACUGUUUUCUUCUUUUGUUUAUUUUUUGUGCUAAUGUUGUGCCUUCUAAGUUGUGCAUUGUGUUGUCAUGAAGUUAGUGUCUCUUAUCUAGUUGUCCCUGCAUGUAUUCAAGAGCAGCUUAAAAAUAGUUUAAUCUUAAUCUUUUUUCUGCACUGCACUCCAAUCUUGGUUCUAUAAUAGAAUGGCCUGAUUACUAUAAGCAUAACCCUGACCUCUCCACCUCCUUCAUAAGCAGGAACUUGAAGCCCUCAAACCGAUAAAGUUAUUAAAUUAGCUUUGCAGGAAUAGAAACCUAUAAGCUUUGUAUCUGUUCUAGCUGUUGACAUAUGUGCACGUUGCAGCACACUGUUAAUGGUGUUUUUAUAGAGAAGUGAAAGGUUCUAUUGUUGCUAUGGUAAAAUAUGUUGGUGUCAACUAUAGGAGCAUCAGAGAGAGAUUCAGGUCUACAGCCUGCAUAUUUAGUGUAUCAUCUUUAACUGAGAUUUAAAAACCACUAAGUUUGAUUAGGCCCCCGGGUCUUUGUGUUUGAAUUUAAAUUUUGCCCAUUGAAGUUCUAGUAAAUCAACUAUUCCAAUUUAGUUUAAAAAUGAAAAAUUAGGCCUCCCUUUCAUCUAAAAUAUCCUGACAAUUACUUUCUUAAGAAUUGUGUCUUGUUGCAAUGCCAUUGCCCCGGAAAAUAAUCACCACUGUAAGACUCCUAGAGUUGAAGUGCUUAUCAGGAUAUUGCAGUUGUGUUGCACGUUUCACCCAUUAAAAUUUUUGACCAAAAAUCAUGGGUAGUUACUCCCAUGAUUUGCCGAUAUAUGUUGUUGAUGGGUGAGAUUCUGUGCUAGAAAUAUGCAUUUUAAAAUCAACCAGCAAACGAUUUGGGAAAUUAGUACUAUUUCUCAAAAUUAAAUACUUUUUAUUUCAGUUGAUAAGAAAGCACUUGCAUACACUCAAACAACCCUUCAAUUACACACUAGUAUGAAGCAUUUCAGGUCAGAAACCAAGCAUAGGGUCUUUGUGUUGGGUGUGGCUUACAUAAUUGGAAGUGGUCUAUUUUAAGUAGAUCUAAACUUCAAGUAAAUCUGGUCAUCCUUGGUACAUUUGUUUGCCUCUUUGUGGGAGGAAUUGUUACAGGUUACAGUUUUAACUGGGCUUGUACAAAUAUUUACAAACACAAUGUUGCUGAAAUACUUCAAAUUGCACUAAAGGCAUGACAUAUUACCUACUACAUGUGUUUUCUAUAGAGUUUCUAACUAAAACUAUGAAAGGAAGCCAAAAGAAUUUCAUGUUCCGAGAAACUCUGAAAAUUUUACAAUUUUUUUCACAUUAAAAAAGUUAAAACAGAUAAGAAUUUAAUUCUGGUGCUACUCAGUGACAGUUAUUUGGGACACAAUUGUAACAAAUUUGAAACUGCUUACUUGGUAGAUUAUAUUUACCUUCUUACCAGCCCUAAUUGGUUUAGUUAGUUAUCAUAUGGUCAGUACGCUUACCUGGCAGCUCUGCAAUAUAUUUUAAACAUCCUCACUUUUUUGUUUCCCUCUGCCACUUCUAAGUGAGCAGAACCUGAAUGUAAAACAAAGGCAGCUUUUUUUUUUAAAAUCAGAGCACUCAGCUACAGAAUCCUGUGACUGAUAAACCAACAGAGAUUCCCUGUGUAUUUCUAGGAUUACACUUAAUAAUGUACAGCAACUUCCAUAGGUCUACAUGAGACGUAUCCUAUAGAUAUUGUCUGAAUCUGAUUUCAUUGAUGACCAAAAUCCAGGAAGUUGUAUGCUUUUUCACUUUGACUUAAGAUCAUUUAGAAGUAAACCUGGUUAUCAUCCAAGCUCCUUGCAAUUGAAGUUGUACAGUACCUUAAUCUUCUUAAAGGGUAAAGCAAAUUAGCCAGGACUGGCAGAUUCAGUUAAUAUUACUAGAGUUCUUGGUUUGACUUUAGUAAUAUGACUUAACAAAUUUGAAUGUUGAGCAUUCAGUAAAGCUGAAGCAGUUCUUUGAAUUUUGUCAAAAGCCACUUUGGAUGCAGCAGUUACAUGUUUUAAUAUGUGUAUUCAAAUCUCCCAAUAGACCACUUAUUCAGAUCCGGUUACUGCGUACUUUCAAACAACUGUUGCAAUAAAAUCAUGGGUAACAGGAAUUUUGUGUACAGAAGAUUGACAGGAAUACAGGCAGUUCAGAAAUGUAACAGUAGGUUGAAAAAAAAACUAUCAUAGUUGCGGAUGAGAACACAAAAGUCCAACGAAUGGCACAAUACUACCAAAAAAGCCUUAAAUUACAUCAUUACAGUGAUAGUGCAAAAAAUAAGUGAACCUAUUUCAACACAGUAUUUUGAUGCUAUUAAAGUUUGAUAUAAUGCGCAGAAAAGUGUGAUAUCUUUCCCCUUACGUUCAGCAGUAACAGCCAGCAAUAAAUACUUGGCAACAAUUAAAAUUUCCAAGCGCUUUGUGAGUUUUGUUAUAGGUUAUUUUUAUGAUGGAUUAGAUUGAUUAGCUCUUUAAAGAAGCAAAGGUGAAAAAGAAACUGUUUGGUUAAUGGCACUAACCAGAGUUUAAUAUUCACAAAGCAUGCAGAGCUUUGUGUUGCUAUUGAUCAUAAUCUUCAUACUUAAUACCAGUAGUAAUGCUUUGUAUCAGUUUUACUUCAGAUGGAUAAUUUGGAAAGAAUGUUCCCCCCCCCACUCCCCAUCUUAAUUGAUGCCACUGCAUAAUAUCUGGAUUUUAAAAUACAAAAACUGGGCUGCUGGUUUUACAGCAGUCCUGUGCAACUAUCAUCCUGUUCUAAGCCUGUGCAAAUAUGCACUGAAUUGAUGACAAUAUCUGGUUACAUUCAAGCAACAUUUACAAUCCUCUUUGUAAAGAAUAGUCCAAGCCCCACGUCCAGAUACAGUGUUGAGUAUUUUUCAUUUGUUAUGCCUUCCAUGCCAGAAGUUAAAUUGUUCAACAAGGAAUGUUGUAUAUAUGUACACUUUUAGGACAGACCUAUAAUCGUCUUGUACCUGUAUUAUGUAAAGGCAGCCCAACACAGACAUCUUUCUCCCCUCUCCUAUAGUACACAACACAACUUUUGUAAAUUUAUGCCAGCUGUUAACUUACAUAGUGAUAUCUUUCACAGAUGAACUUCCAAGUGCAUUUGAGAGUAACUUUACUUAAUAUUUGAGACAAAGUUAAACUGAGCUGUAUUUUCUUUUAAACAUGAAAAGGAUGGUUAAACAAAAGGAUUGAAAAAUUCAAGUAACCUGAUUCCCUCCCAUCUGCAAAUGAGCUAAGGCCUACCCGAGUACUACUCUCAAAUUAAACUUGUAAACCAAACAAAAAUUGGAGACUUUAAGAGUAUUGGAGCCCAGUUACCUAAUGAUAGUUAGCUCUGCUUCAUGUUAACAAAAUAAGACAUUGUCCUUUUUUAUGCAAGUCCAUAGCGAGUUUAAAACCUUUCACACCAAAUUUGACAUCCUGGUAUGAUAUUUAGUUAUCUAGUAACAUUCAGUGCUCAACAACUUACUGCAAUUUCAUGAGCUUUCCUUUCCACUUACAAAUUUGGAAGAUUGUAAGUACAGUUAUUUGCAAGCCUGUGAUCACCAGACUGGUUUGUCAUCCAACACAAGUGUACAUUAUUGUCUUUUAAAUCUUUUGAAUGUCCAGAAGUCCCAAAUCCCACUAUAUUAAUGCAAGUUCUAUCAUCCAGACAAAAAAAAAUUCUGCGUUCUUCAUCUUUCAGUUAGGAGAAAUAAAACUGCAGAAACUCUCAUCCAAAAUACUACCAUACAAGUCAUUUUAAAAUUGAUGCAAUAUUGGUACAGGAAUAAAGUUCUAUAAAAUAUCAAUUCUUAGAAUAUAAGACACGACUGAUCCUGUCACAUUUGCUGUUCAGAAUUCUAACUGAUUAAAGCAGUUUGUUGCAAUUCAGUUCACACCUUGCCCACUUGACCUGAAGGCAAAGUUUGCAAAAUAUGAAAUGCUUGGUAAUUAUUUAACCUCAUUAAUCUCAACUCUUUGAAACAACUCAAAUUUUCAUUAGUUAUUUGUUAUUUUCUAAUAACUUCCUGGCUAAAAGUCAGCUCAUUUACAUGAAAAGUAGGCAAUAAAUAAUAACCUGAAUAGUAAGCACAAUAAAAGCUAUACUUUAAUUACCCAUCUUGAUGCCACCAAGCACAUUGAGAUUCAACAUUUUACCCAGAUUUGAUUGAUUAUCCCUGCACAAACAUGCCAAAUUUCUGUUGACAAGUUCUCCUCCAAAAUUAUACCAAAAUGAGUUGCAAUCAAAAUAACUGGAGACAGCUACUAAGUAGUUUACUGUCUGCGUAGGAAGGACGGUUGCAUGAUACUGUCUUAAAAUUGAAAUAAUUUAAGGAUCAAAAAUAAUGAUUCUGUUCCCAUUCCUCCAGAUACAUGAUUAAUCUGCCAUAGUUGGAAUGUAACAAAAACAGAAGUUGCUGAAAAAAAAUUCAGUAGGUCUGCCACCAUCUGGAGAGAAAGUAGAGCUAAUGUUUCUGGUCCAAUGACUCUUCUUCAGAAUUUGGACCUGAAACGUUAACUCUGUUUUCUCUCCACAGAUGCGGCCAGACUUGCUGAGGUUUUCAAGCAAUUUCUGUUUUUGUUUCUGAUUUCCAGCAUCUGCAGUUCUUUGUUUUUUUUAUUAUAUAGUUGGAAUGUACUUUGAGGAACAAUAUGCAUUAAAAAAUCAUAAUUCUCUUGAUUUAGUGAUUUCCACAGCUUAUCACAAAUUUUCAACAGUGUAUCCAUUGAUAUUUUCUAAAAGUACUGAAAUUUAGUUAAAUACUGAAUAAGCGCAUUAAAAUUUCAGUAUACGUAAGUUGCAUUUCUUGCCCCUUCCAUUUAGUUUUCUACCAUUUAUCACUUUUUAUCUAACCUAAGAUACACAGAUUGCAUUUGCAUCUUUUGAAAUGGUGCUGUCACAGAGUUUACACACUAACACUGUUCAGUUACCAUGAACAUAAUUUUAUAAAAUAUUUUCCUUGCACCACUGCCCAAUUCCAAAUUAAGAACUUUCAUGCAGCACCUACAGAAACUUGCAAUAUUUGCAGCAGAAUUUGAAACCAUUGUGUAGCACUGCCAGCCCACUAUAUCUUAACUUGCUGGAGCAUGCACAUCUGCCAAUUAUAAAUAAAGGCUUCAGGCUACCUAGAAAAUAGUACUUCAUCUUAUUAAAGUGGGACACCAAUACAUGAAGAGUUAAGAGUUUUUGUGAACACUGAACUUUCAUAAAGAGACAAAUGUUUAAAAAUUAAAUCAUCAGACUUGUUGGACCGUACCAUAUCAAGAUACAUUACUGUUCCUAUCUACAGUAACUUGGCAACUUGCUAUUAAAGAUUCAACUUACAAAAUCCUAGUUUUCAAAUUAUAUGAACAUAAAAAUAUAGUUAACUUUAUUUAAAAAAUGGCUUUUAUCUCGGCAGUAGGUAAUUGAGGCGAGUGCUGUUGAUUAUAUACAGCAUAGUUAAAAACAGCAAAACUCAUUGCAUUAUCUUCCAGUGAAAGCAUCUGGGAUAGUGCUAUUGUUCUUUGUCUUUCUCUGUUCUUCCUCCUCCUCCUGUUCCCCCCCUUCCCUCCCCUCCCAAUUAGCAACUAGUAUUUUUGAUUCCAAAAGCCAGCAUUAUUUGACCGUAAAGAUCAACACUGACCAAGGCCCUCCCAAGGUAACUGUAGGACGUGUGAAGUAGUGCCCAAGUCUAGAAUUUAGCAUAGCUAUUCAUCGUUAUCAACAUAAUUUAACAGCAGUGGCAUAUUUUUAUUGGUUGUAAUCAAAAUUGCACUGGUGUCAGUAUGGGUGCUAUUUAUAAUUUUAACAUUGUUUUAACAGAAUUAUUGAUAACCAUUUAUAGCCUGAAUCACCAUGCUGCAAAGUGUACAAAAUAAGGCUUGUAACAAGUCUCAAAUAGAAUGCAGUGAUGGGGAAAACAGGAUGUAUCAUUUGAGGUAGACUGUCUGUUCCCAAUGAAUACUCAAUGUAUGUGUGUAAAGACUCAAUUCAUGCUGGUUCAAACUAAUAGCACACUUGUCCCCAAGCUACCCUAAUUUGAAAUAUUGCUUUAACUGUGUUUGUAGAUAAACCUCUUAUUUACCUCUUGUAUAAAGCAUAAAAUAAAACUUCAUUUUGUGAAAUACCGUA